ACGCAAAUUUAAAAAAAAAAAAAUCCUCUCGGCUCAAUAACGAAUCUUUUGCUAUAGAGUUAGCUUCGUCAGCUCCAUGUCCAAGGAUCACCAUGAAAGUAUUCUUCAAGAAGCUCUGCAAAAACUUGAAGAACGCCAACAAGGAGGAGGAGGUGGAGUUAAAGAAGAAGAAAGAGGUUUGGGAGCGAGGGAAGCUGAUGAAGAAGAAGAAGCAAAGGAAAAAGAAGAGUGCAAAACGCCGACGUCGAGUGAUCACAAAAUACCCACCAUUCAAAGCUGUCCGCCGACACCGAAGAAGAAAGUGAGACCGGAUUCUUUCCUCAAGAGGAAGCUAUCGGAACUGCAGUUCUUCGAGACCACGAGAAGGGAGGAGGUGGAGUCGUUUUUCCGAUCAAACUCCGAACCAUUUACUUUCGGUGGCUCUCGAGGUUUCAAGAGGAGAUGCAGAAGUGCUUGAUGAAAUAUUUAUUUAGUUUUGAAUAAACCUAUCAGAUAAUGUAAGCAAUUCCAUUUGCACUUUAGUUUCUUACUAAUAUCAUCUAAUGACCCUUCAUUUGUUCCUCAAAAUCUGCGUUUGAAAAUCAAAGCCAAGCUUCAAUUAUUUAAUAUUCU